UCACCCCUCAGCCGGCCUCGGCCUCCACCGCUGGUCGCCGCGCCCCGCCCGCGCGCCCGCCGCCACACGUCCCCCGCCGGCGGCCACCAUGAGCACAGGACUGCGGUACAAAAGCAAGCUGGCGACCCCAGAGGACAAACAGGACAUCGACAAGCAGUACGUUGGCUUCGCCACACUGCCCAACCAGGUGCACCGCAAGUCCGUCAAGAAAGGUUUCGACUUCACGCUCAUGGUGGCCGGUGAGUCCGGCCUGGGGAAGUCCACCCUUGUCCAUAGCCUCUUUCUGACCGACCUGUAUAAGGACCGGAAACUGCUGAGUGCUGAGGAACGCAUCAACCAGACGGUAGAGAUCCUGAAACACACCGUCGACAUUGAGGAGAAGGGGGUCAAGUUAAAGCUCACCAUUGUGGACACGCCCGGCUUUGGGGACGCGGUGAACAACUCUGAAUGUUGGAAGCCCAUCACUGACUAUGUGGACCAGCAGUUUGAGCAGUAUUUCCGUGAUGAGAGUGGCCUGAACCGCAAGAACAUCCAGGACAACCGGGUACACUGCUGCCUGUACUUCAUCUCCCCGUUCGGACACGGACUGAGGCCAGUGGAUGUAGGCUUCAUGAAGGCACUGCAUGAGAAGGUGAACAUCGUCCCACUCAUCGCCAAAGCUGACUGCCUGGUGCCCAGUGAGAUCCGGAAGCUGAAGGACAGAAUACGUGAGGAGAUCGACAAGUUUGGGAUCCACGUGUACCAGUUUCCAGAAUGUGAUUCGGAUGAAGAUGAAGACUUCAAGCAACAGGACCGGGAACUGAAGGAAAGUGCACCCUUCGCCGUUAUUGGCAGCAACACUGUGGUGGAGGCCAAGGGGCAGCGGGUCCGGGGGCGACUGUACCCCUGGGGGAUCGUCGAAGUGGAGAAUCAGGCGCACUGCGACUUUGUGAAGCUCCGCAACAUGCUCAUCCGCACUCACAUGCACGACCUCAAAGAUGUGACGUGCGACGUGCACUAUGAGAACUACCGUGCCCACUGCAUCCAGCAGAUGACCAGCAAACUCACCCAGGACAGCCGCAUGGAGAGCCCCAUUCCUAUCCUCCCACUACCCACACCGGAUGCGGAGACCGAGAAGCUCAUCAGGAUGAAGGAUGAAGAGCUAAGGCGCAUGCAGGAGAUGUUGCAGAAGAUGAAGCAGCAAAUGCAAGACCAGUGACACCCGCCCCAGCCCCACGUCGUCGACAAGGAUAGACGGCCGGUUUCCGGGCUGGCCCCUCCUACCCCUGGAUCCCAGACUGUCCUGGAUUCCACCCUGGGUUCAUCUGGAUCUCAGAAGGCCUGGACCUCACCCUAAUCCAAAGUGGCUUUGACCAGACUGUUCAGACCUGGAGCCACAGAGCCACAGCCCCCAGAUGACCCUAAUUUAUUCUCGGCGUCCACCCUUCCCGGUCAUUUGUAUCUGCUUCCGAGUGCUCUGAAUCACAGCCCCUCCCCAACCUCCUGCCCCCGCCCCACCCCGCACCUCCCCGCCUAUCAUAAGGGAACAAGAUGUGCACAACCUCCAAGAUCUCCCUUCCUAGAAGAUCACUGCCCCCCAGCGGGCCAAUAAACCAGGGUAGAGGAGGGACGUGGAUGCAGGAUCUUGGGCCUAUUACCCAAGCUAGUGCUGCAGAGUGGAGUUGGGAGGCCCCCCUCUGCCGAUUCCAGUGGGCUACGAAGCAUUUGCUAAUGGCCUACUGAGCGCGGAAGUAGGCCGGUUCCUCCCUUACUCCCUAAUCAUGCUCUGUUCAGGAUCGGAGGCGGCGGGGUUUGGAGGCUAAGGCCUUUAGGAAGACCCCAGAUCUAGAGGCUUCUGGGAGGAAGGCGGGGCCGCGAUGCUCUAGACCGCUCGCGCCCCUUCCUGAGUCUACCUGAAGGACUCCAAGGGCGGUAGAGACGGGGUGUCCCUAUGCCUAGACUACUUUCGUCCACCCAUAGGUCAAGGUCUUUUCUUCCCAGCAACUCUGUUGCACAAGGAUUCCAGCCCUUGGCCUCCUCCAUAUCUCCACCCGCAUGAUUCCUCCCCACACACCCCAUGCUCCGUUUUGUUCAGUUGUGAAUGCCGCGUCCUGUCCUGGUGACAGGAGAACAAAGUUGGUGAACGUC